AUGACUUCAGUACAAUCAACUAGUCAAAGUGAAGAGAAAAUUAAAUUACUGAAUGCCUGUCAUCGUGGCGAUUUGGACUAUUUGGGUAAAUUUAUAGUUGAUGGUGGAAAUCUACGUAAUAUGAUUGAUAAUCAGACAGGGUAUACACCACUUCACUACUGUGUUAAAUGGAUUGAAGGAAAAGCUGAUUGCACGAAAGAGGAUCAUAAUGAUAACAAGGUCGAUGAUGAUGCUAACGUAUUUAAACAAUAUGACAGACUGAAGUGUACACGGGUUAUUAUCAAGUCAAAUCCGGAAUUUCUAAAUUAUUUCGAUCAUAAUGGUUUUACUCCUAUCCAUCUAGCAGUUAUAAAUGGAGAUGUAGACUUUUUAAAGGUACUGAGUGAAUUUACCAAUGUGAAUAUGAAAAUCAAAACUAAAGCUAAAUCAUUACUCUUGUCAACAUCAUCGUCAUCAGAACCUAGUGAGUUCAGUGAAUUAAAUAAUACAGGUAGGACAGUUCUACAUUUAUGCGUUAUAUACACACAAAUAGAAGUACUGACGUAUUUCCUUACAAAUAUUAAUAAUAUCUUCAAAGAAAUGAUCAAUGAACACGAUGAUCAAGGUGCUACAGCUCUACACUAUUCUGUUCAAGUGAAUCCAGAACAAAUUGAUCAAUUGUUUGAAUUACUUAUCAGUAUUGGUGGUGCAAACUUAAAUUCAUGUGACACCCAUGGCCGUACUCCACUUAUAUGGGCAGCUACAGUUGGUUCUAAGCACGCUGUGGAAUCAUUACUUAAAAUGGGCGCAAAUUUAAACCACAGAGAUACACAUGGCCUAACUGCUUUGCAUUGUGCUGCAUCUAGAGGCCACUUGCAAACUGUUCAAGAUGAUGAAAGCAAAGUGGGCGUGUUUCGUGAUGUCAUUGAUAAUGAUGGUUGUAGUCCACUGUUUUAUUCUGUUGCAACAGGUCAUGUCAAAGUGACUGAAUGUUUAAUCAAGGCUGGAACAAAUGUCAUGCAUGUCGAUCACAAAGGUCGUACUGUAUGUCACUGUUUAGCUAGACUGAGUUCACUGUCCAAUGGCAUAAAGUCUGAAAAGCUUAUCAAAACUCAGUUAGACGACCUGAUGAAAGCUGGUCUAGAUCCAUGGAAAGCAAAUAAUAAUGCAGCAACUCCCUUACAUGAAGCAUGUUUACUAAGAAAUGUAUAUUUUAUUAAACAAUUGGCGAAUUUGCCUGGUUUUGAUGAAGUUGUCAAUGCAAAAGAAUCUCAAGGACAUUCACCGUUGCACUUAGUUGUAGCAGCUUCAUGGAGUGCUGAGCCCUCAGGAAUAAGAUUGUGUCAGUUUCUUUUAGAACAUGGUGCUGAUGUCAAUUCUGUCACAUCCUUACCAAAUAAAGAACAUGUUACACCAUUAAAUUUAGCCUAUUUGAAUGAAACUAGUGAUGAAAAGUCAAAAGAAGCACUGAUUGAUCUUUUAAAACAUUAUGGCGGUAGAACAUAUCAAGAACUUAUCGAUGAAGGUAGGGUUUGUGCUGACCAGGAUGUUGAUACUAUCAAUACAGUCAGCAACGAAGCACAGUUUUAUGAUGAUCAUAAUAAUGACAAACCGGAUAGCUCAUUAGUAUCUGAUUAUGUCGCUUGUCCAGAGAAAGAAUUAAAAUUGAUAAAUGAGUCACAAAAAUUGGUCCUCAUAAAAGAAGAGGUUGAGACAACGGUGAAGACGUUACCACAUAAGACUGACUCAGCAACUGAACCGAUAGCCCCACCAAGUCUAGGCUUAGCACUUAAAGACUCCAGUGUACAAACGUGCUCGGAUAAUAGGCGGAGAAGGAAAAAAAGACUUUCAACAUCAUCUUCAACAACCAUAUCUAGCGAGAAGCUGAAACAAGAACCUGUUAGUACAGUAUCGUGUUAUACGCAAACAGAUAGGCACUUUUAUAAAUCAUCCAAAGAUUCAACUUCCGGAAGCUCCUCACCUAAUAAUCCGGUAGAAGAUAACGAAGACAAUGUCUUUCGUAAUAAUGAUAACAGUCAUCAUGAUAAAAAUUCGCUGCAGCAACUUGUGGUGCGCAUGCCUACUCCAUCCGACUUGAAAGUACAGAAUCAGAAUUCUAGUGCAGCCGAUCGUAUUAGAACUGCUAUUGAUAGCAAUAACAAUAAGCGCCUGAAUAGAAAGGUUUCAAACUCUAAAAGUCUUAGCAACAUGCAAAAACAGUCCAAUGAUCCUUACGCACACUUAUCAAAACAUAAUGGUAGAGCAGCAUCUAAUUCUAAGUGUGAACUACCGUAUUCACAGAUUUAUCUAGAAAGAGAACUACCUUUAGCACUGAAAAAAUAUCUCGAAAAAGAGAAUUACAAUUAUUUCCCUCUGACAGGACGUUCUCGGAUGCCAAAACCAACUAUAUCACCUUACCUACAGCCAGUUGUUCCUGGCCUACUCUUAAAUAAUCACAGACAGGUGAAUGAAAGCGGCAAAAGGAAUAUUCGUCAAAGAAAUCAAAACCCUGAUCACACAACACAAAAACACAUUAAGUCAGCUGGAUUUGAAUGGGGUAAUCAUCCUGGCCAUCUAAACAACUGUCAGACUAGAUCAAGUUCUGCAUCCACCAGGAAAAUAACUGACAAAAAACCUAUUCAAUCACCGUCAGCAUCAACUUGUUCCACUGUAGAUAGUGUUACUCAUGGCAGUCACUAUACUGUGGACAAAAGUAUAAAACCCCGACAAGCACGUUCGCAGUCAUCAAAAACUUGCAUUCUUAUUCUAACAUUAAUGAAAAUGUGCAACAGAGUGUUGCAGACUAUGAAUUCUAUCGACUUAUCAAUCAGUUAUUGA